CCAAGCAUGAGUCGAACCGGCCAUGAAAGCACCGCCUCCUACGACUAACCGGAAACAACCGGCCGCCAUCUUGUCCUUGCCCGCCAUCUUAUAUCAAAGUCAAACUUGAAUCUAAACCCAGCUCAGCUACCAAAUCGGAAAUCGGAAAACAUCUGCAAAAAUGGCCCCCAGAACUUGGAUUGCUCAUAAAGGAACCAACGAAAAGGACUCUGCCCACGAAUUAAAGGAUGGAAAGGUAAAGAAAACUUACCAAAUACCCAAAACCAGCCACCACAAAGAAUGGGCCAGGGAAUCGCCACUUCAGCCAAAGGACACUCUCAAAAUGAACACGGAUCGGAUUACGCCACUGAAACAGAAUAACAAGCAAAUUAAACAAACCAAAACAUCGCCACUAGCAAAACUAUUUGAAAAAGAGGAGGAGAAAGAAAGAAAAGUAAGACAGAGGCAACACCAAGAGCUACUUAGAAAGAAAAAACGAGACGCAGAAUUUAGAAGAGAACAGCUCGAGCAAAGAGAAAAAAUCAGAAAACAAAAGAUCCAAGCUCAACGAGAACGAGAAGCCAGAGAAAGAAAAGAAUAUGCAGAAAAACUCAGGAAAGAAGAAGAGGCUCUAAACUGGUUCGAAGACCCAGGGUAUACAAAUUUGCUAGGAGCAUGGGACUCAACUUCAGAAUCAGAAAUUGAAGUUAUAAAUUUGGAAGAAAAUGAUUCAGACAUUGAGGAGAUCUACUGCACAAGCCCCAAAAUAGUACAGACUAAUGAAAAGGAUCCAGAGUACGUAAAGCAAGUGUUGGAAUGCAUGAGAGCCCAAGAAAAAGAAAUGAUGAAAGAAAUAACGGCACUGGAAUUUGAAAUACAAGGAUUAGAAAAGGUAAACUUACCACAACAAAGAUUGCAGGAAGAACAGCCCAAGUCAAUGCCCAACAUCACCAAACCCAUCAGAAACAGUGCCAGAAAGUACCACAGAACCAGCCGAGCCCUCCAAUAA